CACAGCAGCGAGUGUAAGGCUGAUAAAUCAUACCUCUUGUAUUAUACCUUUCCAUUCUCCUUUUUUUUUUUUUUUUUUUUUUUUUUUUAACAGAGCUUUUAUAGUUGUUUAAGAUCAGAGACAGCAUCUGCCAGUUGCUUUUUCUUGCCUUUUUCUCCCUUCUUCUGCCUCGUGCAAGAUGGAGCUAGAAAACAAAAUGAUCAGCUCCUCCAGCAAUUCUUCAGCAAGCUCCAGAGAGUACAAGGUGGUGAUGCUAGGAGCAGGGGGAGUUGGCAAAAGCGCAAUGACAAUGCAGUUCAUAAGCCAUCGGUUCCCUGAUUAUCAUGAUCCAACUAUCGAGGAUGCCUAUAAAACUCAAGUCCGAAUUGAUGAUGAACCAGCCUAUUUGGACAUUCUAGACACUGCUGGACAGGCAGAAUUCACAGCCAUGAGGGACCAAUACAUGCGAGGCGGAGAAGGUUUCAUUAUCUGCUAUUCCAUCACAGACCGUCAAUCUUUUCAAGAAGCUGCUGAGUUUAAAGAACUCAUUUAUCGUGUUCGGCACACCUAUGACAUCCCCUUGGUGCUGGUGGGGAACAAAACAGAUCUUGAGGAGUUUAGACAGGUUUCAACUGAAGAAGGAAUGAGCUUAGCCAGAGAAUAUUCUUGCUCCUUUUUUGAGACUUCAGCAGCUCUUCGCUUCUAUAUUGAUGAUGUGUUUCAUGGACUAGUAAGGGAAAUUCGAAGGAAAGAGUCCUCACUGACCAUGGCAGAGAAGAAGAUGAAGAGGAGGGAUAGUCUGUGGCGCAAGCUGAAAGGUUCACUGAGGAAAAAACAGGAAAGUACAACUUGAUGGAAAUUCCUCAUGAGCCUCCACAGGAGCUGUCCACAGCAACCUACAACUCAAAAAAGGCAACAUUAACACACCAUCUUCCAGAGCAGAUCCUGGAGUUCCAUCCCUUCAGUACUCAUGCAGAAGUAGUAGCUUCUUGAAGCGCAACUUGUGUCACCCUGUGGCUCCUCUGUAUUAUAAAUCAAGUCAGUUAGCAUAGCCUCUCAAUCCUUCUCUCCAAAUGUGAGUGGAGAAAAUAAUAUUCUUUAUCUCUGUGGUC